AAAAGAAAAACACGCCUGAGGAUGCAGGGGGUGACGGUGACCGGAGAGGCGCCCACUCUGAACGGGGGUGGACGGGAAGAGGAUAAUGCAGAUGGCUAAAAGGAGAAGUCAUGGACCUUUACUGGAAAGCAUGACAGUGUGUGAUGCACACUGAGUCCAACGUUAACCAACCCCAUUUCCCGACGUUAUAUCAUGUCAGAUAGUCUAAAUGAUUGCUCAAGAACAAUCAGCAGGUGACUGUGUGUCUGCUCAAUCUCUUCAGGCUGCUAUAUGUGUAUCCCAUGACAGAGUAUCAUUUUUUUUUUACCCAGCAUCUCUAAACAUGGACUAAAUCUUCCAGUUUACGUUAUUUUGAGUAAUUGGCCUGUUUAUGAAAGGGGCGUGGCUACUGGUAUCUCACCACCUUCUCAGAAGUCAUGGAAACCACAGAUAAAAUUGGAUGUGUGGAAAAGGAGAUAGGGAUUAUUUUUGUUGCCACAGUGAACUGAGCAAUAAUUGUCAACCAUAAAUCUGCACACCAAGUGGAAAUGGGGGGGAAAUGAUUAUUCAGCUCAUUGUGGCACCAGUAAAGAACCUUAAAUAGUUAAUGUAUGACAUUUAGUUUACUCAUGCUGCUGUAGUUCGAAUAAUUACGUUUUAUUCAAAUAGUUUAAAACAUUUAUGUAAACUUUCUUCAUGAGGACUGUGUAAUGUUGUUCGCUUUAUUUUUGUCUAACAAUCCCACAAUUCCUGCACUGACUUUUUUUUUUAGAAUUUUCUAUCUCUGCAAGUUCAUGUAGAUCCAAAGUACUGGCUUUACAUGCUUCAAAACAAUAGCAUUAUAAUAUCUUCUAUCCUAGUCAACUUUAAGAUGGCAAAAAAAAUAAACCUAGUAGUCAAGACUGAACAUUUGAAUUGAAUCCCAUUACAUGUUGACUGACGUGACAGCCAUUUCCUGGCAGGAUUUGAAAAUCCAUUCAUUUUGGGUCAUUAAUUAUUAAAAAAUUAGCAUUCUUGUAAUGUGUUUUCUAAGGAUUAUUACAGACAACCUUUUGACAAAACCGUAUCUACAAUUAGUUGGCAUGCAAUGUGUCUGGAAUCUGUUAUGAAUGGAAGUAAUUGAUUUGUCACAAGGCAAAAUGAAAGGUAUUGGAGAGGUUUAGUUUUUUGGUGAAAUAUGAACUUGUUACCUAUUGGAAAGUGAAGUAGAUUGAAUUUACUAUAUUUACUGAAAAACAUUUUUUAAAUAAACAUUCUUUGUAGGUUUAGUAAAAAACACAAUGCCAGUAUAUUGUGUAAUCUUUAAUCUGUGCACUGUAUUCAUUUAUAAACCUCCAGCACUCCUAAAAUUGAUGUCGAGUUUCCCAAGUACCCUUUCCCAUAAAGUUUACUGAAUAUAACCCUAGUUAUUGAUUUCAGUAUGAAGACACAGAAGUUAUUUUGGGGCAAUGGUAUAAUUGUCAUAUUGCAUCGUCUUGUAUGAUUUUCAUGUCAAGCUCUGAACCUAGGAGCAAUUCCUUCACUCACACUCAUGCUUGCUUGCUCAGUUAACCGCCCAUAUUAUAUUACAUAGUAAUCGAUAGACUGGGAGACACAGAGGGGGGAUGGGGUGUCUAGGAUUAUAUUACUGAGUUUUAUUAAAAAAUAAUUUUUAUGUAACACUUACAGGCUUAUGAACACUGCUUUCUGGAACUCCUAAAAGAUAUUAUUCACAUAUUUUGUUAUCUUUGCCUUUUCUGAUACAUGUUACAAUAGGAUGUGUUCUUGCUUUUAGGCUUUUUUUUGUAAGAUGUUGUACAUAUGAGAUGGAUUUAUUGAAUAGGAUGAGUGGGCAACCAGCACUUUAAGUAUACAUCUCUUUUCAUUUAUUGUAACACUUUUAUUUUUUCUUAUUUGCUAUAUGCCUUUUAGUAACAAACUUUGCAUGUUUUGACUAGCUGGUGGAUAAUUAUUUGCUUUCUAUCAUGAAGAGGGAUUCAUUUCAAUCCCAGGGCCUGUUCAACUGAAUAUUUUAUGAUAUGAGAAAAAGGCUUUGUCCUUCAUCCCACAAUACUCUGCUCCAAAUUUGAAAUAGCUAUAAAAUAUAGUAACCAAAAACAUUUAAGCGGCAGAACCUUUGCACUUACUGCUAAGCCUUCUAGCUUAGCUUAUGUUAUAAAAAAGACCAUAUGUAUAGUAUUAUAUAGGUGUUCCUUGUUAAGUAAGUUUCUAAGAAUGACAAUAGAAACCAAGUCUCCAGUUCUGUAUUAUCUCUAAAUUACUAGUUUGCUAGCAGUUCACUAGCCAGCUACCUGUUUUGUGCUGGGAGGACAUGGGGCUCUAAAAGUGAUGUCUUAAUGUGCAGGCCAAUGUUUUUAUCAGUAGUAGUUCCCUUUAUACCUCUGUCUCAUCCAUUCUUAUUAAACACCUAUCCAUUCAAAGUUAAUCAUGUCUUUUGAUCAGACUACAUAGCUAUAUGAUUUGGAUUAUAUGUCAGCUAUCAGAUGGACAAUAAUAAAUGCUAUACUCCAGUGCUUUUUCAUAUCCUUGCUGACAGUCUGAUUUGCAGCAUCAUUCCAAAUCAUUAGACCACAGCUUGCAACCACAAGGUCACCAACAGAGACUACCAGAUUCCUGCAAAAUACUUUUACAGUCCAUUGGAAAGCCAUCAAAAUAUAAUCCAAAAGUCUUGUCAAACCACAUGGAUCCUUUUUCAUUGUAAAACAUUUUGAAAAUACUAUUUGAAACUGUUACAAAACCACCAAGAAUCUCUUUUUUAACUAAGAUUUUUUUUAGCAGGGCUUUGUGUAGAGUCAAAUAAUACCUUGCACACAGUGCACUCAUUUGUUCUCUCUGUCUUCUCAAGCACUCAGCACUCUGGUGCCUAUCAUGUAAAAGCAUUCACAUCAACUUCUAUGGCUGCAGAUUCUUAUAGAGCAGCUAAAUAAUUUACCCUAUUAGAGUGGCUCUGAACUGGCAGUCGGGUUUAUAUGCAGUACGCCAUUCAUGCAUUUGUGCCAACCCAUGAUGCCAGGGUGUAAUUAAAUAGUGCUAAUGAUAGAACAUUCCAGAAUGCUUACCAGUGAAUAUCAUUGUUGCCUCUGAAGACAUUUCUUUUUUUUCUUAUAGCCUAAGCACCUUCUUACUAUCUGACCCUCAUACUGCCUUACUCUACUUUUUUGAAGAUGUACUUUUGCCGUUAUUUUAAAGCAUGCACUCAGUAAAUAAUCAAUGAUAAUUUAGCCUGAGGUUUUACACUCAGAGAUCAUAAUUUAAGGAUACCUUUGAGUUCAACAUGUCAUAUUUAUAGAUAAAUAAAGAUGUGGACACAUUCCUUAAUGUGGCUUACUACAAUUAACAUUGGACAUUUACAUUGACAUUGUAUGUAUCUGUUAUAAAGGAUGAGAUAUUUUUCAGAACUAACACCUAAAAAAGCCUUUUCAUAAGAGACUGGUGCACAAAGCAGACAUGACAUUGAAUUACACUGUGUGUCCUAAAAGAUUCUGCUGCACACAUAACCAUUUGCACUUGCGUCCUUGGUAAACUAGAACAAUUAAACUUUUGCAAUCUCUGCCAAAAAAAACACAGGCUAUCAUAGCCUCUCCUGUACUGUAUCUGGCCUUUAAGUGCUGCAGUCUCUUACUGCAAGGGCAUUGCUCUGACUGUUAGAUUUAUGUGUGUGUGUGUGUGUGUGUGUGUGUGUGUGUGUGUGCACGUGUACACAUUGGAGAGAGAUGGAGAGAGUCUGAGAGCAUCAAGCGGAAACAAUACAGAAGUUCUAUACCAGUUAUGAAGUAUUGACUGUGCAGAGAAUUUGCUCUUUUUCAGCUGCAUUUGUUAGUGUCUCUAUUUGUUUGUUUCAAGCCAUCAUGUCAUGUCUGUUUUGCCCUCGCUCGGUAAUUGAAAACGGCAAAUGCAGUACCUCAAAGUUCCACUAGGGAAACAAGUGGCAGCAGAGAAGCAGCCACAUCAUCUUAUGAUAAUGCAUUGAUGUGUCUAAAAGCAUUCCGUGCUCCCUCUCUACACUGAAGCAGAGCAUGUUAAAAGCAGGCUUGGCUUGAGUUACGAGCAGCCAGGAAAUGUAUUCAUCCCACAAGAGACUGGUGGAGAAAAGUCAAUUACUGCGGAAGGGAAAAGUACAUUUCACCAAGUUACUGUCUUGAACUAUGUGUCAGAAAUGUAGAGACUACUUCCCAUUUAGUCAUGUACAGCCAAUGCAAAUAAAUGACACGUCUUUUUACAACUGUAUCACUCAAAAAAUUGUGCAUUGUGUUUUUCACACAACUAAAUAUUAACCUCUACACCUUUUUUGUUUCUGUCUCUCUCCUUUCCCACACCUCCCUAAUUCACAUCUGUACUAAUCAUCAUCCUCCAUUCAAAUGUCUGGCACUCAUGCUGUUCACCCCAACAUCCCAUCCUCUUCCCAUCUACAGCAACGUCCUCUCAAGCAGUCCCUGAGCGGCUCUCUGUGCCGGGAGUCUCAUUGGAAGUGCCUUCUACUGACCCUGCUCAUGUACGGCUGCUUUGGCACACUAGGCUGGUGCUCUCUCUACCGCAUCACCGUAAUGGCUACUGAUGACCAAGGUCCUGCCUACUACUAUGGUGACCGAGCCCGGCUCUACCAUGAUAGUCCCUGCUCCAACGGAUACGUCUACAUCCCUGUAGCUUUCCUGGCCAUGCUUUAUGUCGUCUACCUGGUGGAGUGCUGGCAUUGCUACUCUAAAACAGCCAACCUGGCUAAAGUGGAGAUCAGUCAGGUGUAUGACCGAAUACAGCGUCUGCAGCAGGCCACACCGUGCAUCUGGUGGAAAGCCAUAAGUUAUCAUUAUGUACGGCGGACCAGGCAAGUAACACGAUACCGCAAUGGAGAUGCCUACACCACCACACAAGUCUACCAUGAGCGAGUCAACACACACACCGCCAGUUCCGAGUUUGACUACUCGCGGCAUGGCGUCAAGGAUGUGUCCAAAGAGCUGCAGGGUUUACUAGACCACCCUGUAACCCGGCUACGCUUCACUAAGUGCUUCAGUUUUGCUAGUGCUCGUGCGGAGACCGCCUAUCUUACACAGAGAGCACGGUUUUUCGGCGAUAAUGAAGGUCUGGAUGACUAUAUGGAAGCACGUGAGGGUAUGCACCUGAAGAAUGUAGAUUUUAGGGAGCACAUGCUGGCAUUCCCAGAUCCUGCUCGACCACCUUGGUACACACGUCGCUGCAUCUACUGGCUGGCAUCUGCUCUGCUGUUAUCCUGGCCACUCCGCGUGGUGGUUGAGUACCGUACAGCCUAUGUUCAUUAUCAUGUUGAAAAGCUAUUUGGGGAAAAUGAGGAUGCCAAUGAAAAUGAAAAUCGAGACAAUUAUCAGACAGGCUUUGAGCAUGGCUCAGGAGGUCCCACUUUGCAUGUCAUUUCACGGGUAAACACAGUGGACAUAACUGAACUGGAGUGGCACAUUCGCUGCAACCAGCAGAUAGUGCCCAGCUAUUCGGAGGCCUUGUUAAUGGACCUGGACCUCAACCCAAACACACCAUUGUCUGUCGCAAUGGCUGCCCAAAUGAGACGCAACUCCAGCUACUUCCUCCAGAGCUGCCCUCGCUGUCGGAGGACGACAAGCAGCUCAUCUCUGCCUUCCUGGGUCAGAGGGAACAUGGUUGUAGGUGCAAAUUCGUUUCCGAUCAGAGCAGGUGGACGGUUGACACUGAGUCGCAGUGGCUUCUCCCUGGGACGCUUGCACACCACCCGAAAUCGUCAUACCUGCCUGUUUCACUCAAGGAGUCUCGGAGGAGGAUUGGCAGGACGAGGGGAAGAGGGAAGUGGCUUUCUGGGACUGGGGUUCCGUGGGUCAGAUGAGGAGAGAAGAGGUGUUCUAGAAGGGGAGGAUGAGGAGAACAGUGAGGUCGAAGAAAGACGACAGGGGCAGGGAGAGGACAUAGAAAAUGGUGAGGCCAGACAAAAUGGGAGAGACAGGCCACCAGCCUAUCAAGAUGCUCUGUACUUUCCUGUGUUGAUUAUUCAUGGAGAAGAGAGCUGUCAUGGUGGGCGGGAUAUUGAUACAGGAUAAUUGCUGGGAAUAAAGGGGAAUGUAGAUUAGAACGUUUGCACUGGUGUGUAUAGAAUGCAUGUAGAAGGACUUCAGGUAAGUGAAAUGUAAAUGGUCCAAGUUGGGGAAUAUUGAAAGAAAAUAGAGGUCAUACCUAAGGAAAAGACAGUAUAUAGGUUAAAUGUGAUUAAAGAACAUGUGUUCUGUCAGCUAUUAAAAAUGAAAGUAGCAUACAAAUGACUCGGUUGUCAGAGAAUGUAUGUAGGGUUCUCUCAAAAUCAGACAUGAAGGUUGAUCUAUGUCAUGUCAAUUUGACAUGGACCAAGUCUUAAGAGAAUUUUUUUUCCCAAUAAGCAUGAAUAAUUACAUAUCAGUAUCCUGUUAUUUUAUACCUUACAACAGCAUCAUGAAAAUGAAAAAAGCUCAAUAUGUCCAUGUAACCUUUCACUCUAGGUGUAUUGUAGUUUACAUGGAGUCGUGGACCACUGUACUUGAUCACUUAGUGAAGACAUUCCACACCUAGCAAGUUAAACUUUGAUGUAGUUUGUGCAGACAUUUGCAUAAUACCAUUAUAAAACCAAAAGUUUAACAGUAGUUUUACUGUAGAAGCAAAGUUUAGUUCAGAGCAAAAAGAAAUAAAGGAUAAAGAUCUCAGGGGAAAAGAAUAAUUUUUUUUAUGGGGAAUGAAAGAGUUGGAAAAGAUUUAAGUGAGCAUGUAGACUGAUCUGACCCUUUGCUGUUUGCAUUUGUGCUCCAACCGAUUUGUCCAAUUCAUUUUUAAUCACUUACAUUGCUUUUUAAAAGCUUGGUGCUCAUGAAUCCACUGUUGUUGGCCUUAAAGGUGUUUCUAUCCAGCUCCAUGUCUACUGUAAGAAAAAGUAAAACUGCAUAUAGCUAUAAUACAGUUACAGUUUAUUUUCAACUUGCAUAGUCACAUAUAAAUAUGAUUUGCAUUGUCUGGACUGUGUAAAAUGAUAAUGUUAAAGGAAGCGUAUGUAAAAUGUAACACUGGUAUAAAAAUAUGAAAAGGAACCCUCAUAUGUCACUCUUCACAUCACCUGCUCCCUGUACUGCUAGCACAAUGUCAGUUUUUGUACAUUUAUAGAGAGCUGUCCUUUAGUAUUCUAUUAAUGAUUCACAAAAAAACAUUAAUCAAAUGUUUAAUGACUGUCACUAGUGAAAAGCACACAAUUGCCUAUUAAACACAAGUCAUGAUCCAAAUCUACAUUGUCCAAGACAUUCCAUCAGUUACAAGCCAGCUUGGAUCCAAGUUUACUGACACAGAUCAGUAUCUGCACAUAGUGUAGGCUCACUAGCAAGCACAAGUCAUGUGAUUUUUACAAACAAUGCAGGGAAGGGUGUGAGCAAAGACUGACUGUUGAGAAGCGAAAUCUGGGCUGUCAAAAAAAUCCCUCAAAUGCAUCACUAUUUUGUCAGCAGACUUGCUAUUACCUUACAUUCACACUAGUGAGCAAUACAUCCCUCAUGUCACUUGUAAUUUGGCAUAUAGUAACAGAUACCAAUGUGAACUGUGGGCAUGCAAUGUCCAGUGUUUUAGUUUUGAAGAAAAGGUUUAGUUUUAGUAGCUUUUAAAGCUUUCUAGUAAGACACAAAUUAAACUGUAAUAAUGCUUCAAUAUACAUUGAUAUGACAGGAUAAUAUAAAGCUAGGGUUAGAGGUUUUCUUCCAUUUGUGCUUGUCCAAAUUUAAAUAGAAAUUACAUGUAGAAACCAAAAGUAAAAAGUGUGGAACUGAAGAAAUGUCAGACCAUAUGUGCUCAAGAAUUGGUCCAGAGAAAAAUUCAAGUGAACCAGUUGGCUUUGGUCAUUUGACUAUGUCAAACAUAAUCAGCAUUGAAUAACAUUGUGAAAAUCUCAGAUCAAAUGAAUGGUCAUCUUUUGCUUUAUUGAUCACUAGUGUGAAUGUAGGAUUUAGAAUAGUUACUACUAAAACCUCACUGGACCUUAUUUCUCUUGUGUUCAUGAUGUUGCUGGUGUUGAUGAUAAUGAUGGUGAUGAUGAUAGUAAUGGUUAUUCUGGGGUGGGGUCAUAUGAAUAAAGUCAAACAUUAUAACGUG